CACUUUAAAGCAAGCAUUCUUUGAGCUAAAAUAGUUCCUAAGAAUCCACUUUUUUCUUUCAAAUGUGUUGUAUAAAACUGUUUUGCGCCUUGUGGGUUGGAUUGUUCAUUGAUGAAUUACAAAAAUAUAUCAAUUAUAGAAAGAAAGCAGAGAAGAAAAUGGUGGACUGGGCACCUGUUCUACUUGGGUUGAUGUUGUUCAUACUGCUGUCUCCUGGUCUUCUGUUUCAAAUACCAGGAAACACCCGCCAUGUUGAGUUUGGGAGCUUCACCACAAAUGGCAAGGCCAUUCUUGUCCACACACUCAUUUUCUUUGGCAUUUUCACCAUCCUCAUAUUGGCUUUUGGCAUCCACAUCCACACUGGCUGAUCAAACUUAGCACCUUGCAGUUUGGAUAAGAUU